AACCAAAACGUAGUUGGAGUCUAGCAAGGCUAAACACUUCAGGACACUUCCUCACUUACUUGGAAAGAAGAUUCAUGGAACAGUGGCAUUCAUAAAAGAAGACAUUUUUACUUCUUUUUUAAAUUAUUUUUCUUUUCCCCUCCCUUUUUUAAAUAUAAUUGAUCUAUAGAGUGAAAUAGCAGCAUAUUGGGAACAAAUUUAUUUGGAUGGGCAUGGUGACACUUUUUGCUCUCUAUUCCAGCAUGGGACUCUGGUCCAGGAUACCUCCAACCUCUGCCAGCUCCCUCAUGAUAUUGUUCCUUGUGAAACAGCAUUUUCACUCCCAGGCCAAAGGUUCUCUGCUGGAAAAAACCACUACUGGAUGGAACAAAUAUAAACAGGAAUGCUUGAAGAUGCUGCAGGAAUCGUCUGUAGAUAAUGGAGUACAUUGCAAUGGGACAUUUGAUCAAUUUGUUUGCUGGCCUUACUCACCCCCAGGAAAUGUCUCUGUUCCUUGUCCUUCGUAUUUGCCAUGGCUGGAAAAUGGAAGUGUAGGACAUGUAUACAGAGUCUGCUUGGAUGAAGGGAUUUGGCAAACAAAGGAAAAUUCCACAGACAUUUGGCGGGAUAGUUCAGAAUGUUCUGAGAAAAAUCAUUUCCAAAAAAAUGAAGAAGAACAUAAACUACUCACCACAUUACAGCUGUUAUACACUAUAGGAUAUUACUUUUCCCUCAUCUCACUGGUAUUAGCUCUGCUUAUACUUUCUUUACUCAGAAAACUUCACUGCACAAGGAACUACAUUCAUAUGAAUUUAUUUGCAUCCUUUAUCUUGCGUGCUGCAGCAGUUCUUAUCAAAGACUCUGUGUACUACAACAUUUACUCCAAAAGACCAAAUGAUGAAACUGGAUGGAUAUUAUACCUCAGCCCAGAGAUUGUAAUCAUUUGCAGGACUGCCCAGUUUUUCAUGCAUUACUUUGUCGGGGCAAAUUAUUUCUGGCUAUUGGUAGAAGGAAUUUAUCUGCACACAUUAUUGAUAACUGUGGUGCUCUCUGAAAGACGACUGCUGCAGACAUACAUUGUGAUAGGAUGGGUUGUUCCAAUCCUCUUUGUGGGCCCUUGGGGAAUAAGCAGAUCCAAACUGGAGAACACCGGGUGCUGGGGAACAAAUGAACACAUGGGGAUCUGGUGGAUCAUCCGAGGACCAAUGUUGUUUUCCAUUGCAGUUAACUUUGUCAUCUUCUUAAAAAUUCUCAGAAUGCUGAUUUCCAAACUAAAAGCUCAGCAAAUGAGCUUUCAUGACUACAAAUACAGAUUGGCAAGAUCUACACUUGUGCUGAUUCCAUUGUUGGGGAUCCACGAAUUUGUAUUUACCUUCAUCACUGAUGAACAGGUGGAAGGACUUUCAAGGCAUAUAAGACUUUUCAUUCAGCUGACAAUGAGCUCAUUUCAUGGAUUUUUGGUAGCAGUUCUUUACUGCUUUGCUAAUGGAGAGGUGAAAGCAGAGCUGCAGAAGCAGUGGUCCCGUUUCCUUCUGGCAGAUCCCUUUGGCUGCAAGCUCUGCUUUCUCGGGGAAAACAUAAAAUACCUCAGGAAAUGUUCCCAGAAAAGGAAGAAACAGCACCUCAGCAGCAAGCACCACUUCUGCCUGGAGGUGAGCAAGCCCUGGGACGUGCAGCUGCAGCAGGGGCUGGGGAGGACAGAGGCCAGCCCAGGGCUGCCCCAGAUGAGCAUGUCCGACAGCAGCGAGGGAGAGGUGACCACAGCAGAGACCACCGAGGAAGUCUUUGAGGAAAGUGAAAUUUAGGAAGCCGUGCCCUGGGACAGCACCUGCCACCAGCCAGGCUUGGGGAAGGUCUCUCACUCCAGGCUGUCCAGAGCUCUGGGAUGUGCAGUGCAAGGACGAGCAGUUGAUGUCCCAGGUGUUCCAGUUUUCUCCAUCUGAGAAAAACAUUAUUUAUGUGGAUACUGCUGACCUGUGUGCCUGGGGAGAAGAGCUCUUCUGGAUGGAGCAUCUUUGCUUUGAGCUGACAUUUUGCCUUUUGUGAUGUGCACAAGGAAGCAGGAUGAACUCUGGAAUAAGCAGGCUCUGGACACACACUUUGUCAGCUUCAUCCAUACACGACUGGCUUUGAGUCAUGUCAUGUCAUGAGAAGUCCUUGGUUUUUCUCUUUCAUAGGAGUGGUUCAUAAAUAGAGAAAUUUGUGUGGAAGACUCCUUCCUUCACAGACUGAAAUCACACCCCAUCUCAAGAAAACCACCCCAACUUUAGAACAAACCAGACCAAACAUAUAUUUACAUAAAACCCAAAAAAUAAACUUGGGAAGAACCAAGCUUUUGCUUGCGUUUUUGAGCACCUCCACUUAAAGUUUAGUGCUGGAAAUGUCAUUAUGAAAUGAAAACCCAAACUACUUUCAUGGAAUAUGCCCAAAUG